AUGUGGAAAUUUAAGCCAUUCAGCCACAAAGAGCAAAGUGGUAUUGAAGGCCGUUCUAUAGAUGUUGGAAAUCUUAAAAUAAAUGUCCACAAGGUCAUUGCUGAAGGAGGGUUCUCAUGUGUCUACUUGGCUCGCGAUUCUGUACAUAUGUCUAAACAGUAUGCUUUGAAGCACAUAAUAUGCAAUGAUGAAGAAUCUCUUGGAUUGGUGAAGAAGGAGAUAUCUGUGAUGAAGUUGCUGAUUGGACAUCCCAAUGUCGUCAAACUUCAUGCUCAUGCCAUCUAUGAUAUGGGUAGAACCAAAGAGGCAUUCAUUGUAAUGGAAUUCUGUGAGAAAUCUCUGGUUACUGUGCUGGAGAGCCGUGGAGCUGGUUAUUUUGAUGAGAGACAGAUUCUUUUGAUAUUCAGAGAUGUGUGUAAUGCUGUUUUUGCCAUGCACUGCCAGUCCCCGCCUAUUGCUCACCGAGACUUGAAAGCAGAGAAUCUUCUGUUAGGUCCAGAUGGUUUAUGGAAAUUGUGUGAUUUUGGAAGCAUUUCCACAAAUCACAAACGUUUUGAGAAGCCAGAAGAAAUGGGAAUUGAGGAAGAUAAUAUCAGAAAGUACACAACUCCCGCCUACAGAGCUCCCGAGAUGUGGGACCUGUUUCUCAGAGAAGUCAUUAAUGAGAAAGUAGACAUAUGGGCACUGGGAUGUCUCCUUUUUCGCAUAUGCUACUUCAAAAGUGCAUUUGAUGGGGAAUCAAAGCUCCAAGUCUUAAAUGGAAACUACCGCAUUCCUGAUUUACCUAAAUUCAGCGCGUCCCUCACAGACUUGAUCAGAGACAUGCUUCAAGCUAGACCAGACGACAGACCAGAUAUCACGCAGGUUUGGUUUCGUGUUAAUGAAAAGCUACCUGUUGAGUUACAAAAGUCAUUACCUGACAGGCCACCUGAAUCGCCCUCUUCCAACAAUCAUGAAGGUGCUUCAAUGUCCACUAACAAAUCAAGUCCAAUGCCUCGCAGAAAUCCACCUUCUCCUCCAUCAGUUGGAGAACCUAAAACUACGCCUCAGCCAUCUCUUCCUUCCAGGGGAGGCGAAAGUGGGGGGCAGCUUGGUGCUUUCUGGUCCACUCUGCAUGCAAAGGAUUCACUUGUCCCUGAGGAAAAGGGCAAAGCUAUAUAUGAUGAAGAUCGAUCUAGCCACCAUGUGUCACUGAAACAUGACAGAAUUCGUCCUGACAAUGAUCAGUUACCCAAAAAUGUUGGUACAAACAAAGUGGCCAACACACAAACUCAGACUGCAAAAAGCAGUGUGCAUGGAAAGUUGCACAAGCCCGAAGUUGCAUCUUCCAAGGACUUCGAAAUUAAUUUUUUCCCAGAUAAAGAUCAUGCAAGUCAGAGGCAUAUGUCAAAUCUGGAGAAAAAUAAUAAUUUCCAAGACCAGUCUUUUAAUACUUUUGUUGCAGAGUUUGAUACCACUAAGCUGAACUCUGGGCAUGGUAACAAAUCCACAAGGGAAGAAGUAUUAGAGUCUGAGGUGGAGAAACUCAGAGAGCAGCUGAAGGAAGCUAACUUAGAGAAAUCUGAAAUAACUGCAAAGUAUGAAAAGCUUACCGCCAUCUGCCGUUCACAGAGGCAAGAAUUGCAGGACCUCAAGCAAGCACUUGCAGCAAGAACUCCAUCUCCAAGUAAAGAGAGUUUCAGAACCUCUCCUGGAGUUGCAUCAUCUGCAUCUUUGCAGGAUAGAAGUGAAUGGAAAACUCCUAGUUCAGAACUAAAGUCAUGGUUAGCUUUCCCGGAGAAAGCUGAACCACCAAUGAAGUCCCUUUCAGCAGAUAAUGCUUCUAAAUCCGUUAGGUCAAGAGAUGGUCAACAGAAAAAGCUGGUCACUCAACCAGCUUCUGAUUUUGAUUCUUGGGGUUUCGGUACCGAUACAUUUAGUGCUGCUCGACCUGGUAGUGGUAGCCCACAGAUGCCAAGACCUGGUGAAGGGAGUAAAGCUCAUGUUUUUAGUGAGGCAAAGGGCUUUGAGAGCAAGUCGAAUUCUCAACCUGCUGGUUGGGCUGGUUUUUAA